CUGACGACCAGGAAUAAGCUACAAUUGAUCUGAUAUAUCAGUCAUCAAUUGCGCUGUUGUUUGCUGUAUUGCGGAAAGUGUAUAUUCUGAACUUCACAAUGUCGAAGCUGUCGUCAUCACUCAAAGCGCUGAUCGGAGCAUCAUUCGCUCGACCAAACACCCUUCCAGCUACACCUCGAAUCACAUCUGUAUAUGAGAGAUUACGACAGGAAGCUUCAGCGAAGAACGUAGGCACACCAGCAUGGCUGACAUUAUCUACUGCCGCAACUAUGACGAUGAAUUCGCCCGAAUCAUUAACGGAGCUGUAUAACCUGGCGACGGAAAAGUCGAAAGACAAGAAGAAGUCUGUCGAAACAGCUGAACUGAUGAGAGAAGUCGGCUUGAAAUGUAUUGGCUUCAAUGGAGUCCCAAGAACCAUUAACUGUCUGGGAGCAUUCAGAGCCAGUCUACCUAGUGAGAUUGUGUCUUCGCUAUCUACGAAACCUACAAGAAUCGCAUCACAAUCCAACAUCGACGACAUCAUCACCCGCGGAAACUCUCUAUGGGAAUCCAUCUAUCGGCCAUUCGACGAAAAGCUCUACGCUAAGCUCGCAGAAUCCCAUCCCGACCUCCCGGUCUUUAUUCUGAACCAUGAGUACGGCGCGCUGUUCGCUGAUCCUCCGGCUCUAGGUCACGAGUCUGGAGCUAAGGUUGGACGAGUCCUGACUAGUAUCGUUGCUGUGGCGUGUUUGAGGGCUCAGACUGGUGUAGGGCCACAGGUUACUAGUCAUGUGUUUGGAUUGAGGAAAGCAUUCGAGGAUGAGAGCUUUAAAGCGAAGGGGGAGUUUGCAGUUGAGGGUGGGGAAUGGUUAGCUACAGAUGAGGGGAAUAUUUGGUUGCUUGGGGCGGUGGAUUCUGUUGUUGAGGCGUUAGGAGAGGGGAAGGGUACGUCGUUUGCGCCAGGGAUGGUUAAGUCCAAGUUGUAGGUAGGGCUGGAAAAGAGACAUGUAUUGAUCAUAGAAAUUUGUAUAUAUCUAGAGUCUUGAAGAUUCACACAUAUUGUCAUUGGUGGAUUUGCUGAAGAGCAGAAUAGGAAUUGCCGGCGCAUCAGCGAAGGGAAAAUCUGAUGUAAGUCCAGCAUUCUCAAGGACUUCUUGUAGUUCGAAAACUGGUGAUAUGUAAGGAGUUAUAAUAAUUGAUAAACUUGAAC